UCAGGAACAAAGACCAUGCCAAGCUCAAGUGGCAGAUCCAGCCGAAGGAACGGCAGUAAGUAAAUAGCUAUACCUUGAAACCUUGCGCUGACACUGGUGACGGCAACGACAUGCCGCCGCUUUCACGCUCUUCUCGCAGCGUUACAAGCGGCCAAAGCUCUGGGGGCACGUCCUCUCACCGAAGCUCGUCGCGGGCCCCGUCCGCCAGCCGAAGCUCCAGGGACACGUCCCCUCACCGAGGCUCGUCCCGGGCCCCGUCCGUUAGCCGAAGCUCCAGGGACACGUCUCCUCGCCGAAGCUCUGGGGGCACGUCCUCUCACCGAAGCUCGUCCCGGGCUCCGUCCGUCAGCCGAAGCUCUGCGGUAACGUCCUCCGACCGAGGCUCUGCGACCCCGUCCGUCAGCCAAAGCUCUGCGGUAACGUCCUCCAGCCGAAGCUCGUCCCGGGCCCCGUCUGUCAGCCGAAGCUCUGGGGGAACGCCCUCUCACCGAAGCUCGUCCCGGCCCCCGUCUGCGAGCCGAAUCUCUGCGGUAACGUCCUCCAGUGUCACCUCGUCCCGGGCCCCUUCCACCAGCCGAAGCUCUGCGGUAACGUCCUCCGACCGAGGCUCCAGGGACACGUCCUCUGGCCGAAGCUCGUCCUCCAGAGUCUCGUCCGCCAGCGGCUCGUCCGAGGCCACGUUGCGCGCAGAGUCUGUCCUGCCGGACCGCACGCGUCUCUCUACAAUCAGCGAGUGGAUUGAAGACGGUCCCAUGCGUGCCGACGCCAUUGUUCCCCGCCCCGCCACCGAUUACGACCCUGAACCUUCCCGCUCGAGCGGCACCUGUUUGGCGUGUUCUCGCAACCAACCUAGAGUUUCGCUCUCCACCGAACCCCACAGGCGCAAUUGGCUCCCUGCAAACGUGGCAAGACUCAUCCUGGACCGCAUCCGAGAACUGGACGCCCAAGGCCGCCGCGUCGUUCGCGUGGAAGCGGCGCGUCAGGACACUCAGUGCUGCUGCGGCAGAUGUCUGGUAUUUUGCUUUAACACUUGGUGCCCCGGCUGCAUGGAGGACUUGGAGACACUCCAUAUCCCGUACUGGGUGCUCUUGGCCAUGGACGACUUUGGAAGCUGUGAAAGCCGCAGCUCGCGCUACGGAGACGGUGGGAGCCGUAUCGAAAGCACCACUGGCAGCUCGCGCUACGGAAGCAGUGGAAGCCGCCUCGGAAGUGUCAGUGGUGGCUCGUGCGUCGGAUCCGAGACGUCUUGUUCCUUGCUGCGUCCUGAGUAAGGACCGGGGAACGGAUAUCCUAUGAACUGGCUUUUGGAUGACUUGGGCGAAGAUGGGAAAUUGAUACGUAUGGUGGGAAAUCGGCAGGAUGGGAAAUUGAUAUGACGGGAAAUCGGCAGGAUGGGAAAUUGAUAUGAUGGGAAACUGGUAGGAUGGGAAAUUGGUGUUAUUGUCU